AUGCCGCGCUGCACGUGUGUCGAGUGCGGCGCGCCCGUGCCCGCGCUCGUGCGUGACUACGGCAAAGGCAAUUUGCGGCUCGCGAUCUGCCGCGCAUGCAACAGCGUCGCCGACAAGUACGUCGAGUACGAGACCAUUGUGCUCUUCCUCGACGUGCUGCUGCUCAAGCCCCAAGUGUACCGCCACGUCCUGUGCAACCUGCCGACGCCCGUGUCGUGCCGUACGACGCUCAAGCUCUUCUGGAUCCUCGUGAUGCUCGACAUGAACGUCAAGGCCUACCUCGUGGACCAGGACGCUGGCGUGACGUUCCGGGCCUCGUCCAUGUACAAACUGCCCGACGCGAAGGGCGCAGUUGCCACGUCGGGCCGACUGAUUGGGCAGUUCUCCCUGCACUUGGUCUGCCUCGCGCUUGUCGAGAACGUCGUGUACUUUGCCAGUGUGUUUGCUGCCAUUUGGCUCGACCCGUUUCGCCGGCGCUGGCGCGCCAAGUUGCUCGCGGACGAUCAAGACGCGCCGUGGACAAAGUGUAGCAGUGCGCUGUGCAUUGCGAGCUUCGGGAAGCUGUUUGCACUCAUGACGGUGAUCUGGGAAGUCCACUGGAGCUUCGUCCACGUGAUUGGCGCUCUUGUCGUCGUCUCGAACGUACUGGCACUGCAGUUGCUGCUGGGAGAACAAGAUCCAGCUCAGGCGACGUCGCUGCACGUAGUUGCAGUCGUUGUGCUGGGCUUGGCUGCCAAGUUUGCGGCUCAACUCGCACUGUAUGCAAUGGGCAACUCGGUGCUCUUCCAUGUACUCGUCUAG